AUGCAGCCAACUACUCGUCUUCAUUCAUCGGGAUCUCUGGAUCAGUUUAAGCCAGUCCUUGUUACCCCUGUUAUCGGCAACGAGUUCACCAAAGACUCGUGCAACAUUGUGGAUGAUAUCCUGCACGUCCCUAAUGCGGAUGAGCGCAUCCGCGACCUAGCAAUCAUGAUCGCCGAACGAGGUGUAGUCUUCUUCCGCGCCCAGGACAACCUCACCAAUGACCUCCAGAAAGAGCUCAUUCUCCGCAUGGGCCAGCUCACCGGCCGUCCUUCCGACCACGGGCUACACAUCCACCCAGUGACAAACGACGCACGCGAGUUCGGCGACCCAGAUCCCGCAAUCAGCACCAUUGACUCUGAGGGCCGUAAGAAGCUCUACAAGAACUCAAACUACACUAAGAUGGCCGCUGUGUGGCAUAGCGACAUCGCGUUUGAGCCCGCUCCUGCGGAUUUCUCUUCUUUGCGUCUGAUCAAACUCCCUGAGACUGGUGGUGAUACUCUUUGGGCUUCUGGGUAUGAGAUCUAUGACCGCAUCAGCAAGCCCUAUCAGAAGUUCUUGGAGACACUUAGCGCUGUCUAUGACGGUGAGGGGUUCCGACGUAUGGCCCAGUCAGGCAAUUUUGCGAUGUAUACCAAGGAGAGAGGCUCGCCGAAGAAUGUCGGGUCAGACCUUUUUGCUGUGCAUCCGGUCGUGAGGACGAACCCAAUCACAGGCUGGAAGUCGAUUUUUGCAGUUGGCUCGUUUCCUUCUAUCAUUAAUGGCUUGAACCGCCGAGAGAGUGCAAAUAUGUUACAGUGGUUUCACGACCUGAUCACCUAUGGGCAUGACCUCCAAGUCCGUCUCAAGUGGAACCAGCCUAAUGACAUCGCAAUUUGGGACAACAGAAGUGUUUUCCACACUGCAACGGGUGACCACGAAGGCUUUGGCGCACGCAGUGGCAACCGGGCUGUCGGAGUUGGAGAGGUGCCUUUUUUUGAUCCUGAAAGCAAGUCCCGUCGUGAAGACUUGGGAAUUAUGGAUGACCUUGCUCCUUGUCAUCAAUGA